ACCUCAAAUAAGACAACAGAGACUCGUGGCAAACAGUUUUAAACAAAAUUUGGUAUUAUAUAUGCUGUGUUUACUUAUGUGUUUAGCAUAUUCACCGUAUUAUCCAUAACAGGUUAAAGAAUGAUUUAGUUCGUCUGAACCGACACCCCCUGCCGUCUCGCUUUAAAGUGGUCUUCUCCGUCUUGCUGCCAUGUUGGAUGUACGCAUCGAUGCUGCAGCUGCUGGAGUUUCCGAAUGAAACUUGAGCGUUAUUCUCCGCCGAGAGACGCAGGGAGAGAUAAUAUUCAAAUUUAGCAUCAAAGGGAGACGUUACGGUUCUUUCUCGACCAGGAGCACGCCUGGAAAACACCCCCUACCUCCUCCGCCCUCCACCUCGGAGUCGGACUCGGCGGAGAUGAUCCGGUUGCAGGCCACAGCAACCGGAGCCCGCAUGGAUUUUCUGUAAUUAGAAGUGUUUGCUGACUCCUUCACAGGUCAACCGCAUCGUUUCGGAGUAAAAUAGAAGAAUUCAGAGCCAUGAACAGCCACCCGCCGCCUCGCAGGUCUGUCAACGUCGGCUCCAUCCUCCUGACCCCGCAGGAGAACGAGUGCCUGUUCGGGUACCUGGGCAGGAAAUGUGCCACUCUGUGUUCAGCGGUGGUCCAGGUGUACGGAGCCGAUCGGAGCUGCAGCUGGGUGAAGAGAUGCUGUGGAGUUGCCUGUCUGGUCAAAGACAACCCACAGAGGUCUUACUUCAUCAGAGUGUUUGACAUCAAGGAAGGAAAAACCAUGUUUGAGCAGGAGCUUUACCACAACUUCUCCAUCAGCAGCGCCAGAUCUUACUUCAUCUCAUUCGCAGGAGAUACUUGCCAGAUCGGUCUGAACUUUGCAAGUGAAGAGGAAGCCAAAAGAUUCAGAGCCGCCAUCAACGACCUGCUCAACCGACGACAACGCAAAACUGAGAAGAGAGGUGACCCUAAAAAUGGUCCAGCUCUGCACAUGGCCACGGUGGACAUCAAGAACCCGGAGAUCAACAACGCCCGAUUCCACAACUCCCACAGCCACCAGCAGCCGUACCACCUCAACAACAUGCUGAGCCACAGCGGGUUGAACAGGAAGGACAAGAAGACCAAAGGAAAGAAGAAGAAGCUGACCAAGGCCGACAUCGGCACGCCGAGCAACUUCCAGCACAUCGGUCAUGUGGGCUGGGAUCCGAACACAGGUUUUGAUCUGAACAACCUGGACCCAGAGCUGAAGAACCUCUUCGACAUGUGCGGCAUCUCCGAGGCUCAGCUGAAGGACCGAGAGACGUCUAAGGUCAUCUACGACUUCAUCGAGAAGAAGGGAGGCGUGGAGGCGGUCAAGAACGAGCUCAGGAGGCAGGCUCCCCCUCCGCCUCCGUCUCGUGGUGGUGCCCCUCCUCCUCCACCACCUCCCCACAGCACAGCUCCACCUCCUCCUCCACCCCCUUCCAGAGGAGGCCGUGGAGCUCCUCCUCCCCCUCCUCCAUCCAGAGCUCCCACCUCAGCUCCUCCCCCUCCUCCUCCAACCAGACCAGGAACUCUAGGAGCCCCGCCGCCUCCUCCUCCUCCAAACAGAGGAGGUCACCAGCCUCCUCCUCCUCCCCACCAUCACCACCACCAGCCUCCCCCUCCUCCUCCUCCAUCCUCCCACUCUACCGUCGCUCCUCAAGCCCCGCCUCCCCCACCUCCUCUACCAGCACACCAGUCUCCCAUCAACAGUGGUGCUCCUGCUCCACCUCCCCCACCCCCUCCUCCACCUCCCCCUCCCGGCCCUCCUCCUCCUCCAGAGCUGGAUGGCAUCGGAGGAGGCGGAGACUCUCCUCACUCGCCGAGCCCCGGCGGGAAGUCGGCGCUGCUGGAGCAGAUCAGAGGAGGAACACAGCUGAAGAAGGUGGAGCAGAACCACCGAGCGCCAGCCUCUGGGACGGGACGGGACGCCCUGCUGGACCAGAUCAGACAGGGGAUCCAGCUCAAGACCGUGUCAGAUCAUCCAGAGUCUGGCCCUCCAACGCCGGCACCCGCAUCGGGUAUCGUUGGCGCCCUCAUGGAGGUGAUGCAGAAGAGGAGCAAAGCCAUCCAUUCUUCAGACGAAGACGAGGAUGACGAGGAGGACGAGGACUUUGAGGACGACGACGAGUGGGAUGACUAGUGAAGACCCGUCUCCUCAGCUCUCGGUUCCUCCUCGUGCACCGUCGACACUAAAAUAUCUCCUAAAAAUCUUCCAGCAUCUGACUAAAACUGUAAUGUAAAUGUUGUAUGAAUUGGCUGUAUAUUUAUUUUUGCCUUUAUUUUUUGCUCUCUGUUUUUUUUAUGAUAAUUAAUCUGUGCAAUACCUCAUCUGUUCGUCACACCUUCAUCGUUAGAGACUCGACACUUUCCUUCUGGGACGUCCUGUUAGAAGCACUUACCACCCUCAUCAGCACAAGGCAGAGACGCACUCGGCUUCAUUUCACUAUAACUAAUCAAUACUUUCAAACACUAGCUUCUCCACUGAGAAUUGGAGCCUUCAUGAGCUCCUUGGGAAGUUUUUCAUGCUCAUUUCUUUGUGUUUUCAUUCCUUGUCUAAGAAAAGGGAGACAUACGUGCGACCAAACAGGCAGGAUCCUCUUUGUGUUUGACCGGGGUUAGUUUAAACCCACAUAACACUAUUUUCCUGAGUUUCUACUAAAAUGUAGUUUAGUCAUGUUAUUUUUUUCAUGAAUCCUUUUGACCAAAAUGCGGCUGCUCAGCCGCCUCGUGUUGGGUUUCAACUUUUCGUUUUUUAUGAAAUUAAAGCCGUUUAUUUGCACACAUUUA